GUUAUCGACUUGCCAACAACUCCGCUCUAGGGAAAAAUCAGCUUGUGCAAAUCGGAGCCAAGUUGGUUCUUUUGAUUUUAAAAGCCAAACUAGAGUAUAGGUCUCGCUUCCCCUGCCAUCUCAGCACACUGAGAUGUAAGACUUAAAAGUCAUUCCUAGAUUUAAAUCAUUCAUUGCCAGUCCUAUUAGCAUUUGGAGCGUUUUGGUGAAAGUUGGAAACUCCAGCAAAAAGUUGUGUAUUUAAGACUUGAAGAAUCAAACAAGUAAAAAAAACAAAAUCUGAAUUAAAAACAAGUCCAAUGGCCGACAGUCCGAAGGAGCAGAACCAAAGGGGCAAGAGGCGCCGCACCCGGAAGAAGAAGGGGCCUGCCGGCGCCGCCGCGUCUGCUGUUGCUGACCCGUCCGCUGCCGUAGCCGCCCAAGAAGGCUUCUCGGGCAAGAAGAAGAGGAACAAGGACAAGAACAAUGUCAGUGACGUCGGCACGGUCGAGGAAGAGAUAAGUCGCGUGGAGCAGAACAUCCUACGCGCGGUGGUGACUGAUUUCAUGCAAAGCACAGAGCAGAAUGUCCAACUUCGUGGGCUGUCCCGCCUCCAGCGCAGCCACGUGCAUCGGGUGGCCCAGAGCAUGGGCCUGAAGACCGCCAGCAAGGGUUUCGCAGAGCAGAGGGUCCUCACGAUCACCCGUCCGGCAGUCGUCGACCCGCAGCAGGGCGUAGUGCAGAAGCCGAGGAUCGCGGUCUCCAGUACCCUGCUCGAGAUCCUCGCCAAGUCGAGCGGGGAGAUGGACAUGAACCUGUUGCGGCGCUGCAGUAUGCAUCGCCGCCCCAAAUCGGACCGGGAGCGGGAGCGAGAACUGGAGCGCGAGUGCGAACGCGACUAUCUAAACCGCCCGAACAACGGGCUGGUGGGCGUGGCAUUGGUGCCUCCGCCGUCUCAGUGCCGCAACAGGAGCCUGGUGCAGGAGCGUAUAUCUCUGCCGAUCUAUCGGCACCGCUCCAAGAUACUGAACGUUCUGCAAAACGAGCAGGUUUUGAUCAUCAAGGGAGCCACUGGCUCCGGAAAGUCCACCCAGUUGCCGCAGUACCUGCUCGAGUGGGCCACCAACAGGCGUAGGGCCGUCCGGGUUGUGGUUAGCCAGCCACGUCGGAUUGCCGCCACCAGCGUGUCGGAGCGAAUUGCGAAUGAGCGCGGCGAGUCGCAGGGCAGCACCGUGGGCUACCAGAUCCGCAUGAACAGUCGUUGCAGUGCCCAGACCGUGCUCACAUUCACGACCAGCGGAUGCCUGUUGCGUGUGCUGGCCAUGGACGGCGAGGCCUUCUUCACCUGCACCAGCCACCUGGUCAUCGACGAGGUCCACGAGCGCGAUCUGGACACCGACUUCCUGCUGCUGGCCGCCAAGCUGGAGCUGAAGAAGAACCCCCACCUGCGCCUGAUCCUCAUGUCGGCCACCAUGGAUCUGGGCGCUCUGUCCGCUUACUUUGGCGGCGCCACGGUGCUGGAUGUGGAGGGACGAAGCUUCGAGGUGAAGACCUUUCAUCUGGAGAAGAUACUUAGUAUAACUGGGUACAUGACCGCGAUGAUGGAACCGCACCUGGGCGAAAUGUUGGAAACAGAGGAUCCGAACGAGCUGCUGGAAGCGUACAACGCCAGUCGAACUCUGGCGGACGGCGAGAUCGACAACGACCUGAUCGUGUCCCUGCUGGAGCUGCUUCUGCAUCACGGCGACACUGGUGCGGUGAUCGUGUACCUUCCCGGGUACCAUGACAUGACGGUGCUGCAGGAGCGCAUCGAAGAGUUGCUGCCCAAGGAGAAGAUCAAGGUCCUGCUGCUGCACAGCCAGGUGGACAGCAAUGAGCAGCGCAAGGCGUUCCGCGUCUUCCCCAACAUCCGUCUCAAGAUCGUGCUGAGCACCAACAUCGGCCAGACGUCGAUCACCAUUCCGGAUCUCGUGUAUGUCAUCGACACGGGACGCUCCAAGAUGAAGACCUACGACCCGAACACCGACGCCUCCCAGCUGGCCACCGCCUGGAUCUCGCAGGCCGACGCCAAGCAGCGGGCCGGACGUGCCGGCCGCCUCCGCAACGGCAUCUGCUACCGCCUCUACUCCCAGGCGCGCCACGACAGCAUGAGCCUCUACACCAUUCCGGAGAUGAUGCGCCGCACCCUGGACGAGAUCUGCCUGCUGGCCAAGCUAGCGGGCCCGGAGCAGCCCAUUGCCAAGUUCCUGUCGCAGGCCCUGGAUCCUCCCCAGACGGAGGCGGUCGUCCAGGCGUGUGCCCGCCUGGUGGUGAUCGGGAUUCUGCAGUCGAAAACCGAGAAGAUCACGCCGCUGGGCAAGAUCGUGGCGGAGCUGCCGGUGGGCGUGCAGCUGGGCAAGAGCAUAGUGCACUCGAUCUACUACCGCUGCCUGGGCAGCAUGACGAUCAUAGCCGCCUACCACUCGGUGCGCGAUCCCUUCGUGCUGCCCGUGGAUCGCACCAAGAAGUCCAACAAGCAGAACGCUCGCCACGCCUUUGCCGGGAAUUGUACCAGCGACUCCAUGUCGGCGGUCAGUUUGUACGAGGGGUUUGUCAUGUGCAACAAGAUGCAGCUGUCCACGUUCUGCGAAGAGAACCGCGUCUGCCGCUACGCCAUGGAGAUGUUCGUCUCGGCGGUGAACUGCCUGCGGGACUCAGUGCGUCGCAUCUUCCGCAGCAACCAGGCCGGCGAACGCAUGGUGACAGAGUGCGACAACGACCCGCACAUGAUCCGCAUGGCCCUCGCCGCCGGCCUCUAUCCCAAGGUGGCGUUCAUCGACCGCGGCAACAAGAACCAUCUGGUCUCCGAGGGGGACACCUGCAUGCAGAUAUCGCGCAACUCCUGCCUGCUGUCCCGCAAGAAGCUCAAGAACCUGCCCAGCGACUGGGUGCUCUACGUUGAGAAGAGCCGCAAUGCCGACCAGCGCUCCUCGCUGGAGAACAACACGAUGGUGAGCGCCCUGAUGCUGGCGCUGGCCUGCGGCAAGGAGGGCGACCUGGAGGAGCGCGAGGAGGAUGGCUGGGUGCUGUGCCUGGACUCGUGGGUGAGGCUCAUAGUGCCGUUGGAGUUUGGCCGGCAGCUGCUGAAGCUGCGCCGCGUCAUCCAGUGGGAGGUGAACGAGAUUGUGGAGAAGCGCCGCCUGAAUCUGGGCAACAGUUUGAUGGGACCGAAGCUGGUCCACCGGAUGCUGCAGGUGGACACCUCGUCGAUCUGCGUGGCCGAGGGCAGAUCGCCGUCUGCCGAGCCAGACUGUGAUAAGGAUAACUAGAUCAUCAAAGACACCUCUAGCCUAGCCGUACACCUACACCUAAUACACUUAAAAAAAACCACACCAACUCACAUAUAGUUUCAAGCCAAAUUGGAGGCUAGCGAUGGAUCCGAUUUUGGUCCAAAAUUAUAGCUAAAGUAGCUCCUUUUUUUGGGACACUCCUUUCGAAGUUCGAACUGACAAAAAAAAAAUGCUCCUAGAGAUACAACAACAACAACAACUACUACAAAUACAGUGCGUUUCAAAACAUAAAUACUAAGGCCAAAUCGUACCUGAAACAGGCAGCAAAAUUCACAGACUAGUUUCCGAUUCGUUAGACCAAAUUGUUAAGGAUCUGUUCCAGGUUCCAGGUUCCAGGUUGCAGGACACUGACCUGCUCUAUCUUUUGCUGAUUUGUAUUAUUGUAAUGGUAAUUUAAUGACGUGAUCUAGAUUUAAAAUCGUACUUAACCAAAAAAACGAAAAAAAUUUCAAUAUCGUAACACCAAACAAUGUGAUAUGAGAAGAAGAGUCGAAAUACGGCAUUCGAAAUACGAUAUUAUACGAAUUACGACAUAAAUUUACGACGAAACAUUGUAUGUUUUCGAAUAUAUUUUCGAAUAUAUUUUCGAAUGUGUUUUUGGACCUCAUUUUCGAUCGACUCUCGACUGAUCAACGACUAAUCCCAUUUACGUAUUAAGGGCCAGGUAUUAUUACUCGAUAUGUAAUUUAUUUGUAAGCUAUUUUAGAGCGCACUGUAUGCUGACUUUAAAUCUUAAUGACUUGUAACUUUGGAAAUGCAGGGACACCAAAUACAACACAAACUGAACAAAACCA